AUGGUGGACAGUCUGGUGACCGAGCUUGUCUCCUUCUAUCAAGGGCAGUGGCCCUGCUACCGGCCCGCACCGCCCUCGGGGACGAAGUGGCACACCUACUUUGGCGUUGAUGAGAUACAGGGCAAAGUUCAGAACAAGUUCGCCGUCUGGUUCGCGAAUCACUUGUUUUACGAGUACUUGGGCAAGGUAGGCCAAGUGAUGCUGCGCCUGGACGUCGCACCACCAGUGGUGGCCCACGGACCACUUGUGGCGUUUGUCGACAACCACCGCACCAGCAUCAAGGGCUUCGUAUCUGCCGACGACAUCUUCGGACACCAUGGUCCCCCUCGGGACUCGCCCCUUGGGCCCCGGGGAUCCCACGAGGCCGCACCAGCUCGCGUCAAGAGCCUUGUCCAGCGCAUCCAGGCGCAUGCCAAAUCGGACUUCGAGAUGCGCUAUGCGAAUAAUCUCGAACGCAGCGCCCACGCUCUAAAGGGCCACCUCAAGCCAUCGCAGGUUGCUCUCCAAAGCCUCGGCCAGGUCAAGCAGGCGCUGCAAAGGCACUCUUUCCAGUGCCGCUCGUACAGGGACGCGCUGUAUGCCGCCCUCGAGGCUGCCUCUUUUGGCCUAGGUGGUCGAAGCACUACCCCACUGCCGCGCAUUUGUCCAGCCUUCUUCUUGUCACAGCUUGCGGCCUCCCGCUUGAGGACGAUUCCUACCUCCUGGAGGCCUGCUCUCAUUCGAUACGGACUGGCAUAUCACGACGCGCAGCGUGCAAAGCGGCUGCUGGCACUGGCAUCUCAAAGCAGCCUAACUAACCUCGCCAAGGAGCUGGAAAACACGGCGCACCAGAAUCGGACGCCUGAUGAGUACCCGUUUGCCCUGCUCAUAGAGAUCGAGAGCAAUAUCACCAUUCGCAAGGUCCAGAUCGACAUAGCUCGGCAGAUGAUCGGCCCUCCGGAUGGCCGGAACUCUGUCAUGCAGCUGAACAUGGGAGAGGGCAAGUCGACUGUCAUUGUUCCCACCGUCGCCGCUGCCCUAGCCAACGGUAACCGCCUGGUCCGCGUCGUCGCGGCCAAGGCGCAAGCUCCCCAAAUGCGUCAAAUGCUGCUUUCCAAGCUCGGCGGGCUCCUCGACAUCAAGAUCCACCAGCCUCCGUUCUCCCGCGCGCUGCGGCUAAAUGCCGCACAGGUGUCCUCUAUCGCGCGAGAUCUGCAGGCAUGCCGGGAAGAAGGCGGAGUUUUGCUGGUGCAGCCCGAGCACCUGCUCUCCUUCAAGCUUAUGGGCCUCGAGUUCCUCAUCGACGGCAAGACCUCGAUCAGUCAAGAACUGAUCAAGACUCAAUGCCUACUUGAGUCCACGUCGAGGGACAUUGUGGACGAGAGCGACGAGAAUUUCAGCGUUAAGUUUGAGCUUGUCUACACUAUGGGUACCCAGAGGCCCAUCGACUUCAGUCCCGAUAGGUGGCAUCUUCUUCUAAAUGUCCUGGCUGUUGUCAAGGAUGUGGCCUUGGCCAUCGCCCAGGAGAUGCCCAGAUCCUUCGCGAUUAACGACCAAAAUGGCUCUGGGUCCUUCCCCCGCCUCCGUAUAUUCGACCAAGAGGCUCAGAAUUGCCUUGUCCAUGCUAUCGCCAAGCGAAUUUGUCAGACCGGACUUCCUGGACUGCCCAUUGCCAGGCAGGGCGAUUACUCACGUAAGCCCUCGACUCCCGAGGAAAUUGCGGCCGUUGAGACUCCUGGAGCACGCGGUCUCUGGAGCGAGUCGACCCAGCGCCCACUGCUUCUCCUUCGCGGUCUCCUUGCUGGCGGAGUUCUCGGCUUCGUCUUUUCGAAGCGGUGGAGGGUCAGCUACGGCUUCGACCAAAGCCGCAACCCGCCGACACGGCUCGCUGUUCUCUACCGGGCCAAGGACUGCCCUUCGGCGCGCUCAGAAUUUUCACAUCCGGAAGUCGUGAUGCUUUUGACCGCGCUGAGCUCAUACUACGGUGGUUUCUCCGACGACGACUUAUUCCUUGCAUUCACCCACCUUUUAAAGUCAGACCAGCCCGAACAGGAUUACGAUGAGUGGGUCAGAGACGCAGACUCCAUGCCCUCUUCCUUCCAGCACCUCGACGGAGUCAACAUCAAAGAUCGUGGACAGUGUACCCAGCAAAUCUUCCCUUGUCUGCGGUAUUCCAAGGGCGCGAUCGAUUUCUUCCCAAGUCGAGUCGUUUAUCCAAAGUUCAUGAAGGAGUUUCCUUCCAAGCUGAGUGCCAGCGGAUGGGACCUCGGAGAAGAAAAGGGUUACCCAACCACCGGCUUCUCGGGCACAAACGACUCCCGGGAGCUCCUCCCACUGUCAGUCAAUCAUCUCGACCUGCCCGACCAGAAGCACACCAACGGCCUCGUUCUCAAGUAUCUACUGCAAGAUGAGAAUAGCGUGAUCUCGAUUCCGCCGCGCCAAGGCUCGCCGGCGUCAGAUGCCGAGUUACUCCUCAGUUUGGUGGUGAAUAUGUCGGAUGAGGUCCAGGUCAUCUUGGACGUUGGGGCACAGAUUCUCGAGUUGGGAAACGCCGAAGUUGCCCAGAAGUGGCUGAAAAUGGAGUCUGAGGUCAACUCCUACCGUGGCAUGAAGGCCUGCGUUUUCGUCAACGACAAAGACGAGCUGCAAGUUGUGGACCUCAAAGGUUACACCGAGCCGCUUUUAAUUUCGCCCUUUUAUCGUCAGCUCGACGUGUGCCUUGUUUUCCUUGACGAGGCGCACACCCGAGGCACGGAUCUCAAGCUUCCCGAUAACUAUCGAGCUGCCUUGACCCUCGGAGCCAACCUUACCAAAGACAGUCUGACACAGGCAGCCAUGCGAAUGCGGAAACUUGGAAAAGGCCAGUCCAUCACUUUCUGUGUCCCGCAGGAGAUCGAGACGAAGAUCCUCCAGCGUACCGGUAAAGACUCGAUCGAGGUCAUGGAUGUCCUGGAGUGGUCCAUCCAUGAGACGUUUGCUGACAUUCAGCGGAGCAUUCCCCUGUGGGCGGUCCAAGGGCGGAGGUACGCCCACCAAAAGAGCAUUUGCUCCCAAGCGGACAGUGGCCUGAUCACCCAGGACCUGGCAAACAAGCUCCUCGAAGACGAAGCCCAGACAAUCGACGAUCUCUACCGGCCAGGCGAGCGCGUCGCCAAACCAUGCUGUCCAGAGACCGGCCAGCACCCGGGCGUGGACCGCAUCGUGGGCUGCUGCGCAAAGCUCAGCUCCGUAAGCCUGGGCUCUGCCGCGCUGCACGAGGAGCAGGAGCGAGAGCUUUCGCCCGAGAUCGAACAGGAGCGGCACGUUGAGAAGCCCAAGCCCGCCGAGCCGGCGCCCCACAGGAUCGACGCGGCAGUGCUGCACUUUAUUCGGACUGGCGAAAUCCCUGCCCCCCCGGCAUCACAAUAUUUCCCCUCCGCUUGGAACUCUCUCGCCCGCACGAGCGCCGCUGCCGCCACCGGCCUGCGCGUCCACGAGUUCCCCCACGAUGUCCGGGCCACUCGCGAUUUCGCCAGUACGAUCCAAACGUCGAGCAACUCGACUCUCGGCGCCAAGAGCCAGCUCGACCAGUACCAGCGGGCGGUUCGAUGGAUCCUAACCAGUACCAGCGGCGACCCCUCCGACGUGGUGCGCACAAUGGUCCUCAUCAGCCCUUUCGAAGCCCAGGGCUUGCUGGAGGAGAUUGUCGCACACCGAAAGAUGAUCCUGCACCUGUACGCGCCUCGCUCGACUAUGAGCCUCGCCCCGCUCGACCACCUACUGCUGCACGCCCGGCCGACGCCGCCUCCGACCUGGACGUGCCCGCUCAAGCUCAAGGCACAGCUCAACGUCUUUUCUGGGCAGCUCUUUAUUUCAUCCUAUAACAAGUACAAGGCCAUCUGCGAGACGUUCGGGCUCGACUGGGCGGGCGGCCUAGGCGACGGGGUCUUUGUCCAUGCCGAUGGGUUCAUCGACCCGUCUUCGAGAGAGGGGGACGGAACAGACGGGGAGAGCAUCGACAAGACGCACAUAGGCAUGAUGCUAAACGGCAUCGUUCUCCAGGAGAAGGACUUUAGGGCACCCGACUCUACCUUUAUCGAGAAGCUAUAA